GACAGAGUCAUAUAUGCCAUAUGUAUGAGCGAACACUCCGACCGUGCUGCAGACAGUGUGGGUGGAAGUGGGCUCUGAGACAAGCGCACCCAACAACAACAGGAAAGGAGUUUGCUCGGCUCCGGGUCCAGUCUGCAGAGAGCAGCAUGAUGCAACGAGGCUGCAACCUGCAACAUCGCUGCCUCCACGCACGAAAACCUCACAUCCUCCAGACCUCUCCGCCCUGACCACCAUGAUGAGUCUCAGAUUAGUAUGGAGGGGUUUGAGUGGAGCUGACGCACUUGCGGGCCCCGCCCUGAACCUGCCCUGCCCUCUGGGUCCCCGAAGAGUCCGAGUUAGGUGAAAACAUUCAACUCUUGGCGGCUGAAAUUGAAAGUUUGAAAACCUGAUACUGAUAGAUAAGACAGGGGCUCAUGUCAGUGAUGGUCUUAGAUGGUGUGUUGUAAUCGGGGUGGAGGACUUGUGAGAUUUGGUGAACCAAACUGAAAAACAAGAAUUAAAGGUCUUAUCUCCUCCCUGUGUCAGCGGGGAGUUUGUGUGGGUGUAUGCGGGAGUGCGUGCUGGUGUGUCAGGUUCCCCCCUCUUUCACACAUAGACUCUGUUUGUUUUCUCGCAAAUUUCAUUGGCUUUGACUCAGAAAUGUUCCAGAGUUGCUCUUUUACACAUGUCCCUCACUGGGUGAAGGUGGUGGGGAUGGUGCUCUCCAUCAUUUCUCAUUAAUCACCAGCUCAGGUCCCAGGUAUGUCAGCCGGAUUAACAUGUUUACAUGCAUUUUAAAAGUCUCGUUUCAGUUGGACCAUUGCAAUAAAUUGAUUUUUUUAAGUGCAUGUAAACAUACUGAGUGUUUAUAACAUGCAGACUAAGCAGUGACAACUUCUGCAUCCAUACUGGCGCUUCAUUCAAACCUUUGCUGGAGCUGGAACACUGAGCUCCUGUAUUUCCUUCUCUCUCCUUCAUGUGUGUCUCUAUCUCUAACUUUAAAUCUACAUGUCCCAAUCAACUUGCUAACCACACUUCUUUCUCUUAGCUCCCUCAUCCUGUAGCUUCCUGUGGACUGCUGCUGCAGAUGACUCGUUACUGACGACCAGCCUGAUCCCAGCUGCUUCUCACUAUUAUUUUAUUACAAACGGCACUUUUUCAAUUUGCAUUGUCUCCGUCCAUCUCUCUCUUUUUGCAUCUCCUUCUCUCCCCCUCUAUAAUCCUGGCACAAUCUCAGCAGAUGACUGACAGACAUCAGUCUAGGGCUGCACGAUUAAUCAAUUUUAAAUCGUUAUCGGAUUAUUUGAUCAUGAUGAUGUUAAAAAAAUUAAAAUCGUCAAAUCGAUUUUCCUCUCUAUCAUGUCUCACACCUCCAGGCCACCGUAGGCUCCCCCUUCCUGCAGGAGUGCUCCCCAGUUCCCACACACCAGUGUAAACAAACAUAGCGUUUGCAAAAGAAGGUGAUAAUUUUGUGGUUAAAUAGGACAAGAGUGAGUCAGUCGUGUGGAAUUGGUAUGGCUUCGCAGUUUCGGAUGAAGAGCAAACCACUCCCCGCUGCAAAGUCUGUCUGAAGGCGGUAUCAAGCUGUCCACAGGGAAACAAUUUCAGGAGUAAACGCAAAAGUUUUUGUCGUACCAGCGUUUUAUUCACAAGGAAACAGCGUUUCAGGUGACUGUAAACAAUACUUUUUGAAAACAGGUCAGAGAGUGCAUAAAUCCGUAAACAACCACAAUUUCAUCUUCGUGUGGAUGUCUAUCUGCAUCUCUGGAAACGAUCAUGUGAAACACAGCAUAACUUUUUCAUCGCGCCUGCGCAUGUCCGGCCAAAACAACUUUUAUAGACAUGCUCUGUACUCUUCUUCUGUCUUUUGUGCAUUUCCUCUGCAGCGUUACAGCGCCACUUACUGGCUUGGCAUAUGCACUACAUUGUUUUCAGUGGUUUAGUUUGAGAGAUGAUAGAAAAACUUUUUAUUUUUAAAGCGAAGUUUGGUGAAAUUGUCGCUGAAUAAAAAAUCGAUAUCGAGUUUUCAGAGAAAAAAAUCAGGAUUUUUUUUGGGCCAAAAUCGUGCAGCCCUACAUCAGUCUGGUUCUGCUCGAGGUCUCUGCCUGUUAAGGGGAAGGUUUCCUCGCCACAGAUCCAGAGCGGAUCUUCAUGUUGGGUCCUUGUUAAUAAUAACACACAGAGUCUGAUCUGCUGAUUAAAUGAUUGAUCUUAAAUGUGAGAUAACUAACAGACCUAACAGACCUGAAGUAUUCUACUUCACUAAACUGAGAUGUUUCACUUAAAGCUGAAGGCACACACAGAAAACACGUAACUCACAGGAGUCCAAAAGAAGCUCAUGAUUUUUUGAGUCUACUGUAGGACUGUUUUUGUCUUUCUCUUCUCUGGAAAAAAGUAGUCAAAACUAUUGGAGAGUGACUGCAGAAGUCAUUGCCAGAAUCUCCCCAGUUGUUCUUAUUCCUUUUGCCAGAUCCGACCAAAAAUUUGGACUUGCAUUGGCAGACUUUGUUGGCGCUUCAAGAGCUGCUUUCCAGCCUUGGAAGAGUCAGACAAAAGUCUGUUUCUGCUUAAUUACUGGAGGAUUUUUUCAGUCUGGUUCUGAAAGAAUUAGAACAAAAAAAAAAAAAGUUCCCCUUUGCCACCUUUACUUUUCAUGUGCCUGUCUGGUCCCAGCUUUUUCACUCAUUUUGAACGUCCAGGCGUAAACUUUGAAUUACUCAAAGGAAGACGCAGUCCUGGUCGAGUUGCUUUUUUGUAGACUGUGAUUUUUAAGGGGCCCAGGAUAGAUCCUUGUGGAACUCCAGAAAGAGUGAAUGACAUCAGGAGGAUUUUAGAGUUGAAAACACACUUUGCUAAAGAGGACUGCCAUCUUCAGUCAUUCCCACUAAUAGAUGUUUGAAACCAUGGGCUCACUUUCAGACUUGUUUCUAACACUUGUUUUCACUCACAGAAUACAGCCUUCAGUACAAAAUAUACAACAUGUAAGCUGUCAUAUCAUUUCUGAUGCCUUAUCAAUAGCUGAAUUCAAGUGUGGACAUGUUCUACAGAUUGAAGUCCUCUAAGUUUCACGUUACAGUAAAAAACAGUAAUAGAUGAUUAAGAAUGUGUGGAUUGUGAAGAUGCAAAAGAAAAGUCAUAUUUACCUUAAAUCAGCCUUUAGAGAAACAGCCUCCUCUGUGCUCCCUGCUGUUUUUCAAAGAUGCUUCAGAGCCUCCAAAUCACUCAGACUGAGCACAAAAACUCAAAACAAAGCGAGUGUUCCCAGCGUUUUCAACACCAUCUCCAGUAAAGCAGCAAGUCGGUGUUUAGAAAUCAAAUCCUCCCACGGGAGAUCGUUCAGGAGUAAGAAAUGUUCAAUGCGAGCAGCCAGUUUUCAGUUCCGAAAACCUUGUCCUGUCAAGAGUUUUUCUCUUCGAGUUAAAGAGGCGUUAGUGAAGUGAUGAAACAACAACAACAAAGUGUCGCUCAGGUCGUGAAGGAUUUAGGAUUUAGGAUUUAGGGUUUAGGCUGCGAGAUGAGCGUCAAAUCCACCACGAAAAGGUUCACGCUCUUCUGGAGGCGCAUCGCUUAGUUGCGACGCUGGUCAACUGAACUUCCCCCAGACUGAGAGGAGGAAAGAGGCUGAGGGGGGAGGAGAGGAGGUGAGGAGAGGAGGGGAGAGGAGAGGGGAGGAGGUACAGAGACUCUGGAGGAGUGGAAAGGACAGAGAGAAAUGCCAGAGAUCCAGCUUCCUCCGCCAGCUGUUGACUCUCACGACAGUCUGUGCAGUGUGUGUGUGUGUGUGUGUGUGUGUGUGUGUGUGUGUGUGUGUGUGUGUGUGUGUGUGUGUGUGUGUGUGUGUCCAAAAACACAAACAGAAACAAAAGACGACCCUAAUAUGAUUUACUUCGCAAGUAUGAGCCAAUCCGUGUCGCCUAAGGAUUGAAAGUAAAAGAAAUGAUGGAUCUAUAAAAGAGCAAGCGUAUGGUUUGAUGUAGUCGUGAAUGAAUAUAGAUUUUUCUAACCAAUAAGUGAUCGUUUUAAAGGGGUCAAAAGUUAAUUUAAUUAUAAAAUUAUUUCUUGCACUUGUUCUAAACGGAUAAGAGAUUAAAACUUGGAGAAAAUCACACAGGACUUGUUUGUCUUCACAGGUUUGGGUUUAUCCAGUUAAAGAGCUCCUUAAAGGGAUAUUCCGGUGUAAAAUUAAUAUAAGGUCAAACACAACAUAACACCAAAUUAGACACCCCCUCGAGAGAUGAAUUUUGCUGACUGCUUGCUUACAAACUUUAGUAACAACCGCACAAUAGCAAUACACAGCAGUCUACGUCUCCAAGCGCAAACCUCAACCAAAACGCCACUCUAUAGCCACAAAUAAUGCUCAGAACAGCACCUAACUUCAUCAACAGGACAUAUAGGGUCCCAGCCAUAGUACUAGACACCAAACAUCUUUUUAACUUUGCCUUAUUUCUUUAGCAAAGAGACUAAACACAACCCACCGACUCUCUUCCAGGUCGUGAAGGAUUUAGGAUUUAGGAUUUAGGGUUUAGGCUGCGAGGCCAGACCAUUACAAACUGCAGCGGGGUGUCUCAGCUCAAGGAAGAACAUUUAUGAUCAUUUCUUCAUGGAAAUGCAAUCAGACUGAGAUGCUAAGGCAGAAGAACUACCGCGUCUGCAGUGCAAAAUGAUUAUUAUGAUGAUUAUUACUUCAAGUAAAUGAUAAAGAAAUGAUGAUGAAUGUUCUUCCUUAAGCUGUGAAACUCCACUGCACUCAGUGAUCGACUUGUCAGGGCUAUGGAGUGGCAUUUUGGUUUUGGUUUGCAUGUGGACACGUGAACCACUGUGUGUUGCUAUCCUGUGGUCGUUGCUAAAGUUGGUAUAACUAGAGAAGUAAACGGUCGGCAACAUUCAUCUCUAGAGGGGGUGUCUAACUUGGUGUCACGGUGUGUUUGACCCUGAAUUAUUUUACGCCAGAUUAUCCCUUUAACCAUGCAUCGUUUAUCUUUAUUACUGGCUGAAUCUUGAUGCGGAUUUCUGUGUGAUAAAUCACGGCUAGAUGGUGUCAGUUUCAUUCAACCUUAUUUUAUGAGCCAUAUGUAUGCAUUAGUACAGUGAGUUCAGACUCUUUCAUAAAUGAUAAAACUGUGUUGUUCACGAGCCCUUGUUUGUGUUGCAGUCUAACUUUGUACCGUGACUCCCUCUAGUGGUCACAGGUGGGACAUCAGUGUCUGCUCAGUCAUGAGAACGCGUACUGUCAGGAAAUGCUGCAGUGAUUGAGAGGUUGUUUUAGGUCCUUCUUAACAGCAUAUUAACACAUCUGCACAUAAAUCUUUUAGAUUGUUUAGAUUUGGGUUGUGUAUCUGCAUAUAUUUCAAGAUGUUGUGCAUCCCUGCAAACUAACAGAAUGAGUGUAAACAUAACUGUCUUGAUGAUAAAGCAUGCAAAAAAAAGUGGUCUCCUAUGGUCAACUUACCCUGUGUAUGGGGUAAGUUGACCAUAGGAGCGGGGUGAGUCGAGCCAUAUCCCUACUUCCCCCCACUCUCCACCCCAGCCCUCCCUCACCUUCUCUCUCCCUAAAUAACAGUCACUUCUUCACAUUCAUGUGUAUUUUUAUCUAUUACACACUAUUCAAGUGGUACAGUAAUUCUUAUUAUUAUAGCAUAUAACUGCUAAAAAGCUGUUUUGUAAAAAGUCAUUUUAACAUGAGAAUGUCUUUAAGUAAUUCAGAACAUUCACAGCUGUAGUUUUGAAAAGAAAAAGUAAAAAAAAUCAACAAUCUGAACUUAAACUCUGAUCCUCUCAUCAGACUCCUUUACUUUCUCAGUUACCCCAGAACUACUAUCAUGACUUUAUUAGUCCUCUAAACUAAAAUGGUGGACUUUUAUGUUUUUGACCUCAUGUUGUAGCUCAUAGAUACCACAAUUGAUGUACAAAACAAAUUUAAAAUGAUCUUUUUUGGUCUGAACACAAUUCUAAUAAAACUAAUGACAGACUAAAUUUACUUUAAGGAGUGAAAAAUGUUUUUUUUUAAAUAAAUGUGUAACCCCUUCACCCAUGUGCUUCUAACCUUCACAGACUCCAUGAAUUGAUGUCCAUCUCCUCAAUAUUUGGUCACAUGAUCAAAUUCGUUUACCAUUUCCAAGCAACAGGGGGCGGCUCAACUUACCCUUUGGCUCAACUUACCCCACUUUCCCCUACUCUGUGAAUUUAGCCUCGAGGAGACAAAAAACGAAUUUAUCCGCAAAUUUCUGCAGUGUAAUUCUCAUAACAUUGUGUCUUAUUCUUGUAUUUUUUUCUUUUAAUAUUCAAAUUUCUCUGUCUUGAAUGAUUCACUUAAAAUAAUUUGAGUAUAAAUCAAAGUGGAAGGAUGAAAAACAAGUCAACUCUUCCACAACUCUUCCACCAAUAUGAAGUCUGCAGAUUUCCUACCGUAUAAUUAAUGUAAACUUUAGCACCAUUAUUUAAAAUGUCCUGAAUAAGCCAAGAAAAUCUGGGAAAGUAAAGAGUAAGGAAGAUUUUAUAAAUAGUCAAGAAUGUGGGGGAAAAACUAUUCGUUGUUUUAUUUCAUGUUUUCAAUUUUGCAUUUCAAGAUUACAAGCCAAACAGGAUUGGAUUUUUUAUUUCAUGCUUUGAUUUGUUUAACUCAGUAUUUAGACUUGUUUCAUUUUUAUACUUUAGAUUCCAAUUUUAAAUUUUAAGCCAUAUUUUGACCUUUUAAACCUGAUUUCAACGUUCUGCUCAUGUAUUUGCCCUUUAAAUGCAUUAUUUUUCUGUGUUAAUUAUCAUGCUCUGAUCUUUUGGACUAAAACAUACAAAUAGAAUAAAAAUUUUAGAUUUUUCUAUCUUCUUAUCAUAUUUGAAUUUCCAAAUGAUUUAUAAUCAUUGCUAUUUUUGUUACAUAUUUUUUGAAAAGGGGGUUGACAGUUUUGGUGAAAUGUUGACCCUCUUUGGCCCUCAAGUGAGACCUAAAUCCUUGCUGUGGUUGAGUUUGACACCCCUGAUCUAAGGCAAAUAUUCUAUAAUUUUCUUCUAUGGUAAAUACGGGCCUUGUUUGUUUGUUUGUUUGUUAAUUCAAUUAAAAAAAAAAAACUCCUCCACAACUCUUCGUGCGGCGUAGCCUACGUAAACUGAACGUACGCAGAGCGUAGAUGGUCACGUGACAUUUCUAGCGUUACGGCCAUAGACGGCUCUGGCUCACCGCAGUGAACAGUUACUGUUCACACAAAGCGUAACCACUAACGGAGCUGCUGCUACUGUGAUUUCCGAUCUGCUCAACUGAAAAGCACAAACACACCAUGGACGGUAGAGGCUACGGUUCGGGUAAAUAUCAGUGAUUUUUCAUGUUUCAUCUCGUUAUUUAUGUAUUUGGCGCACUAACAUCUACCGCCCCUGGUUAGCUGCGUGCUAACGUAGCCGCAGUGUUCCAGUUGUUAGCCUGAUCCGCCUUCAGCCUGAAAGAACAGGCGACUGCAGCUCGAACAAAAAGUACCAGUCUACAGUGAUGAAAUAUUACCCCCUAUGUUUUGACGAAAAUUAGAGCCAGAGGUUCGCCCCAGUGUACACACAACCGCAUUUACUGCAUAACGAGGCCCUGAGCAGCAUUUUGGUGAGAAUAGCUGACUCGGCUCGCCCCCCUCGGUCGUCGUGAUUCGGUGCUAACAUGCUAACGUGAGGAGCUCCACUGGCCUUUGUUGGGGUUCGUAGGCGUGCGAAAUCUCUGCUAAAAGGGGCUUUUAAUUCUACUAAAAUGGAGUCUGUGAGAAUAAUACGACUUUUAAGCGUUGUUAAGAAAAUGGCCGCCCCAACCAGUCAGAGGCUGAGUCUUUUUUGUCUUCUUUUUAAGUAUUUGUGUAAUUUCUCACCUAGAUAGUGUACACUUGUAAGUUAAAUGCUUAGCCAUGCAGUUUUAUUCGCAGUCGAUAUUAUGCUGUCAGUGUAAUAUCCAUGCUAUUUUGUUAGUUUAAAGCCUUGUGUUCUCUUUCUUUAGGUUACUCCAGCUGGGGAGGUGGAGGGUCCGGCAGCAGAGGUGAGUCUGAAUGGAGGAGUACUGAAGGUAGGGCUGAGCGAUAAAAUGAAAGUAUAUCAAACAUUAAUUUCCCUUGAUAUCAAUGUAAAACAUGGUCAAUAUGCUUUUCAGUAAUCGUCAUUCUGCCAAUCAUGCGCUGAAUUAGAACCAAGUAGCAGACAUCUGCGUAGUGGCAGGCUGCAGCAACAGACAACUAUAGCACUUUAACACCGAAAACAGUCAACCAUUCUGUCUGCUUUCUGUGGCGCAACGCCUCAAGGUCCUUACACACUAGUGCCGACGCGAAUACAGAAUGCAAAAUAUUUGGAGGAGAAUUUUGACGCGCCUGACUAUUCACAUCAAGUCUGAUGCGAUUUUGCGACUUUCUGGGGGGGAAAAAGAAUUUUCCUGGGGAAAGUCCCGCCUCCCUCACCUCUGAUUGGUUAGAAAAGCUGGAAACGUCAUCACACGCUCAAGCUAAACAGUCAGCACUUAUAGCCAGUCAGAGGCAAAGCAGGGCGGGACCUUCCCUUACCAUCCUACAGUGUCCUGGGUGGAAGCGAGAAGACAAAAAUGGAGUCUACUUCAACUUAAAGUGAUGGCGAAUUGGUGCUCCUUUUGCUCUCUCAAAAGGAAAAGAAACGUAGCACAUGGGUGCAUCCAAAAUUACAAAAAAGAAGAGAACUUGGUGAGUUUCACUGCUUGGUUCAGGAGCUGAAACUGGACCACGGUCACUUCAGAACCUGUUUUCGGAUGUCCAUUGGACUAUUCGAAUUUUUACUGAAACACGAGAAACAUUAGCUCGAAGUUUGAAGAAGCAGAGGACUAGACUCUAGUGUUGAGAUGGCUUUCUGUCAUGAUAGCAUGUACUGAGUCGGGGCGAGUACCACAUAAGCACAUGAAACUAGUGUUUCAACCGUCAGCUUACGUUAGCACAGAUGAAAGUUAAAACAAAGACGUUUAACAAACUGUUAAAGCACACAAACCAUCGCCAUAUGAGAAAUUCGAUUGAUAUGAAAAAAUAUAUAUGUAUCGUGAUAAACUUUUUCCCGUAUCACCCAGCCCUAGAUGUAGGCCUGCAUAAUUUCAGGGAUAGUGCAAAAGUGCAGGUCUAUUUCAGAGGGAUAUGGAGUGAUAUCCACUGCUAAAACAAUCAUGACAUGGGCAUCAUUUGAGUCAAGCUUUAUGAUACUGCAGCAUAGCGGAGUAAAAGCAGAGCCAUGAACCUCUGACCCCCCCAUCCAAGAGGCAAAACGUUCUCAACCAUGUUCAGAGAGUCAGAUAUUUGUGUAAUAUAUAGAUAAGACUCACCAUCGUUUUAGAGGGCUAUGUAAUAAUCAAAGCUGAUGCAGGUGACUCUAUCCUUGUGGAUUUUGUCCACACUAUGGAAUGAGCUCUUUAUUAAUAUCCGUCAAAAGCUCUUUUGAUGAGCUCAAAUCUCCCACAGGACCUUCAACAUUUAUUCUGUGCGACGACAAGAGUCGGUCCUGAUUUUCUGAAGUUGCCAGGCGAGCAUCUUUUUCUCUAGAGAGGAAAUUUCAGUGCGAGCGCUUUGACGAUGUGCCGAUGUCAUGUGCUUUGUAAGACUAAAUAUAGCCUGUUGUAAAAAAUGUAUAAAAGCGGAUGAACAUGCAUUAAUAGCUUCUGUAAUUCAAUGAAGUUCACGCACUUUAAAAUCUUAUUGCAGGACAGAGAGAAGAGAAAAUUAGCUCAAAGAUGAUUUGAAGACAAAGUGAUGCUGUCAAUCGUUUCACAGAACAACGUGCAUUUAGUGAAUCCUCAUUUUUCCAGGUUCCGGCGGCUUCGACAUGUAUGGAGGAGGAGGAGGAGGUUAUAAGGACUCCAUGUCAGGGCUCGGUGGUUAUGGAGGAGGGGGCCACAUGAAGAGGGGUCUCUCAGGAUCCCUGCUCUCAUCCACGGGCACACAUGCAGAUGCAGUCAUUGCGAAGAUCAAUCAGCGCCUGGACAUGCUCACUCAGCUGGAGGGGGGGCUGAAAGGGGCUCGGAGUGACAGGUAAAAACUGUUUUCUUCCGCUUCUAGGUCUCCAUCUGUUCUCCAACAAGCCGCACAUUCAUACAAGUCGGGGUCUUACCUGUACUCUGCCUUAUUAAAAAAAGGUCCAGUCAUGAUAUAGAGUGGCGUAAGGUUUGAACGCUUACCCCGAGGAUGUGCUAGAAUUAUGAUUGCAGGAAAGAUUUUAUGGCAUUACUGCUUCCUCCUGAAGUACCUCGAUAGAAGAAGUUCAGGUCUUUUACUGUGGCCUGGAGUUGUCAGUAACAUAUUUUAUAGAUGUUAUACUUUGUUUUUAAAGGUACAGUGUGUAAUAUUUCAUGUGGACAGGUUUGGUAGAAAUACAGUGCGAUGUAGUUAUAUUUUUUGUUGACUUUAAAUGAGCCUUUUAUAUCUACCUUGUCUUUAAGUAGCACAGAAUGGACGGACUAUGAACAUGGUGUGACUGUGUUCAAUGAAUAGCCAUACAAAAUGGACUGCUGGAAAGAGAGUGGUCGUUUGUGUAUAAACGAAUUACUGACAUGUUUUUGAUAUUAAAACCUAGACAAAUGGGAGAUCAUACUUGGCAUGCAUCUUCUUGUCCUUAAAGACCACCAUGGCUCCCCGAUAGGUGGAGAGAGCGCAAGAAUCUGACAGAAUCUUAAACCCACAUGAAGCUGGAUGUCCUCAUUUCUGUACACAGUACCGUUUAAAAUGAAAUAACAAACUGGAAAAAAGCAGUUUGAAUUUGAAACAAACAUAGACUGUAUGUAGAAUGGACGCCUUCUGCCUCCUUGCUGAUUGAAGCCACGGCGAGAACAGCGACCUCUUGAAAGUUGAAAACGGUUUUCUGAUCCGAUCAGUCGGUCUUUUGGUCGAAGAGCAGUCGCCUUUUUUUUUUAUUUAAAAAAAUCAGCCGAUUAAUUGGUAAUCGGAUUUUUCGUCUCCGUAAUAAUCGUCAUCGGUCGGGCGUUAGUAUAUACAGUCUAUGGAAAGAAAGCACCAGCUCUGCUCUGAUGUUCAUCAUUCAACUGGACCAGUUAUCAGCUGAAACAGUCAUUUUUAUAAGCAAAACCACCAAAUUAGUCAGUUCAGCACAAUCAUUACCUCCUUUAUUGUUAAUGGUAGAUUCAACAACAGUCCCAUUUCUGUGUUCAGCCCUGUUCUGAGUGUUGUCAUACAAGCUUUGUGUUCGUAGAUGUAUCUCAAAAGUAUCUCAACGCAUUUCUAGAUGAUACUUUGCUCAGAUAUGUGAGGUCCUGAAGACUUGAAUACUGACAGUAGUUUAAAAGUCAGCCGAGUUUGUGUGUCUGGAGUACACGGCCAAUUAAACCCACAAACCACAACACAAGCCAGUGCAGUUUGAGAUCUGGUUGUUAUUGUGUUUCGAUGGUCAGCUUGGGCUGUUUUGGAUUCAAAUAUGUGUGUGUUGCUCCCGGGCUGUACUUGAAUGUGUCAGCAGUUGAUUAUUCUUUGUUUGUUGCCAGUUUGCCAUGUUGUGGUUCAUCCGAUUGCUACAAAGGAAAUGUUGUUUUGACCCUCAACACUUUAGCCUCCAUUAAUGUGCACGGCCUCUUUCUCGUGGAGACGCAGUUACACGUUUCUGUUAGUUUUCGAUUGACAGUGUGCAUGAGGCCAGUCCAUCCCUUCACAGCCAUCUUUGAACAUUUCCUUUUUGUUGACUUUGCUUUGACACGUACUUUGUUUUUCAUCGUCCAUGUGACCUAACCCUGUGUUUUGGCCUUAGGUUACACAAAAGAGAUAAUAGAGAUAAUUUAAUCGCCAGUUUAUGUUCUAUCCCCCGUUUGAAACUAUGAAUCCAAAUCCAGACCACUCCCAGGGUGCUUCACUUCUUGCAUGUGUCCAAAGACAUCCCUGGUUUUGAGGGAUUUUCCUCGUAUCUCUUAAAAGUUUCUCAAAUAAGAAACCGUUUUCACACCAAUCUGCAGGAUAACGAUUGAGCCCCGACACCGAAAGUGGUUGGAUAAGUUUCCGUUUACGAAAGAAAAUUGAACAGAACCAAUAUUUACCACAAGAGGAGCAUUAAACCUGUUAAAGAUCAUCAGUGUUUGAUCUGUUGUGGUUUUUGAAAUUAAUCUGGGAGUGACGGAACAAAAAAAGAAAACGGAGAAGCGAGACCAUGGAGGAGAAGGAAAAGCAGGUGGAGAAAUCCAAACCUGACUGCCCUCCCUGCCUCCCCUGCUCUCUGCUCUUCUCUAUCAACCCUCUCCCUCCCUCCUGCAGGUAUGACCAGUACGAGUCUUUCGACUCGCGCACCUCAGCCCCCACCUCCUUCCGAGAUCUCUACAGAUCUGGCGGCGGUAGCUAUGGUUAUGGCGAUGGCCGUGGGGACAACAUGCUGUUGGGACAGCGAGGAGGCUCGGGCUUCGGAGGGGGAAUGGGGCUAGGGGGAGGAGGAGGCUUUGAUAGCCCCUCCUCUUCCUAUGGAGUCGCUAAAAUGCGACAGAAUAUGAGGGAGUCCUUCGGCAGUGUCCAGGGAGGAGGCUCUGGAGGAGGAUGGGCCGGAGCGGGCCGACGUUCCCCCAGAAGGGGUGGAAGUGCCGGGGGUCGAGGAGCUGGAGGAGGGUUUGGAAACCGCAGGUCUGACCCCACUCCAUUAGGCGGAGGCGGGCGGGGAGGUGGUAGUGGUGGCCAGUCCCACCAUGGCCACUCUCCAGGAGGUGGUAGAGGCAAGCUCCCAUCCCUCCUGUCCAACCGCAUGUACCCCGAGAGUGGGGGCUUCCACCAGGGUUCCAUUCAAGGCCCUCACGACUUUCCUGGGAGGCAUUUUGGAGGGGGCCCACGGGCUGGCCGCCAGCGAGGCCGCAAGAGACCCCUCAACAAAGUAAGUACCUCCAGCCAAAUAAGACCUCGCCAGACACUGGGCUAAGAUUUCGCCCUUUCUGAUUCCCUCCUAUUGUUUCCUCAACCAACGAGCAAGUCAGCAUAAAGUGCUAGAACCUGCUAUGUGCCAUGUUAAGCAGUUUGACUCAGAUAAUUCCCGACACACAUUUGAAACACAACUCGCCCCUCAAAUCUGCCCUGCCCCUAUUUGACCCGGUCAGACAUGUAUCACGGACUUCCCUCUUUGUAGAGUAAAGGCAAGUGAGAACUCUUCUGCCCAGCUCUUUGACUUGUUCUCCUGUGGGGAUACUAAAUGAGUUUAUUUUGGUUCUUUUCUUUCUUUCGUUUCUCUUGCUCAUUUCUGGGUAGUCUUCUGAUAAGGCUAAGACUAUUGAUAAGGAAAUACCCAGAGAAGAACCUUGAAUGAUUUCUGUAGUGCAGAUCUAACAGUGUGUUGAUAUGUAGCUGUUUGUUUGUCUCUUUGUCAUUAUGAGUGCAAAUGCUUCUUGUUGACUGUAGCAGGUGAAACCACAGCGGGACGUCCAGAAGAAGAGGAAGCAGACACCGACUGCAGGCGAUGAGCCUGAGUCCAAGAUGAAUAAGACAGAAAGUGAAGACACAGAAGCUACACAAGGUGAUCAGCUCCGUACGUGUGAUGUUACUGGAGAUAAGUAGGACGUGGUAAAAAAACACUUCCAGGUCCAACGUUGUCUAACUCUGAUGUUUUCUCUUUUAGUGGAGAAAGUUGAGAAGAACGGUGACACCAGUGAGCCCAAGACUGCAGAUGAGGUUAGUAGGUCCUGCAUGAGAGAGAGGAAGGUGUGAUGAUAAUGAGAGUCUACAUCCACUGUUUCUGAAUUAUUCCAGAUCUCUACUGUAGACAUGUUUAUUUUCUUUACAUGAGCUACUGAACUAAUAAAAAACACAGUACCAUGGAUUAGGGCUGCCAAAAAUAAAAUCCUGAUUUUUUUUUUUCUCUGAAAACUUAAUUUUGAUUUUUUUAUUCCGUGACAACUUCAGCAAACUUCACAUUUUUAAGUUUUUCUAUCAUCUCUUAUAACGAAACCACUGAAAACGAUGUAGUGCAUAUGCCAAGCCAGUGAGUGGCGCUGUAACGCUGCACAGGAAAUGCACAGAAGACAGAAGAGUACAGAGCAUGCGUACAAAGGUUGCUUCGGCAUAAGGCGGCAUAAAAGACUUAGGCUGUGUGUCACGUGAUCGUUUCCAGAGAUGCAUGACCCUCUUUUGCAAACACCAUGUUUGUUUACACUGGUGUGUGUGGGAACUGGGGAGCCUACGGUGGCCUGGAGGAGCGAGACGAUAGAGAGUAAAAUCAAUUUGAGGAUUUAAAUUUUUUGAACAUCAUAAUCAAAUGAUCUGAUUAGGGUUUAAAAUCAAUAGAUCGUGCAGCCCUACACAAUACCAUGGAUGAAGGAACAGAUACACACACAUGUCAUAUAGUUGUUCUUCAGCUUUUCUAAGAACCAUAACUAACAAAUCUCUCUUGUACAGGAACCUGCUGCAGAAGGAGAUAAAGGUGAGCUCACCUCAGUCCUUUCUCUGUUCUUGUUUUUCUUUCUAUUUUUAAAAUCAUGCCGUGAACUUUGACAAAGUUGUGUUGACAUGCCCGACGUGUGUUUGUGCUCAGCUCCAGCGAAACAAGAAGAAAAGAAAAGUCCUCAAGUCAAACAGAUCCCAACCCCGGGUCAGGACAAGCACCCAAAAAUGAGGAAGAGGCGAGGCUUUCUGGAAAGGUGAGAGGAUAUUUAGAUCUGAUGGGGGAAGUAGGUGAUGUAACAGUGUCAUCAAAUGUGUAUGCCGAGUGAAAUAUCGAGUCUGUUGUAGCCCUGGUCUGAAGGGACAUGGACUAAACUCGACUUCAGAAGGUGCUCUGAAGUAACUGGAAUCAAGAAGUUCGAAUCAGAUCCUGUUAGUCCUGUUUACCCUGUGAGGUGGGGUCUCCACGGAUGCACAAUCUGUCAAAACUGUUCUGACUUGAACAGUUUUAACAGUGAAAGCUCCAGUAGCUCUUCUGUUGGACCACCCAGGCCAUCCCUAACCCCUGUGCACAUCGAGUACCUUUUGCCCCGACCUUGUCACAGUUGCCAGUUCUCCUUUCUUGGUCCUCUUUUUAUUGAAACUGACCUCUGCAGACCAGGAAGACCCAGUGAAACCUGCAGUUUGUAGAAAUGCUGCGAGCCAAGGGUCUAGCUGUCGAAUUUGAACGCUCACAUUAUGCCCAGCUGUUAUUUCCUGCUUCCAGCUCAUCAGUUUGAAGAACAACCAUGUUCACUUUCAUGCUCAACACACCCCACCAGCUGAUAGUUGUAAUAAGAUAGUCGGUGUUAAUCUCUUGACCUGUCAGUGGUCGUGGUGUUCUGGCUGAUUGGGGAAUGUUUAUGUAUGAAUGCAUGUUUGUGUUUCUGACCCCUGAGCCAGGAUUUCACAUUUCACCUCUCUUCAUAUCUUUCACCUUGUACUUUAAACCCUUUCACGCCCUUGUUGUCGCCCUUCUACUCACCUGUGUCGGACUGACUGUUUCAUUUACUUUUAAGGGUGAUGUUUGCAUGCUCUGUGUGCAAGUUCCGCUCCUUCUACAAGGACGAGAUGGAGACCCAUCUUGAGAGUCGCUUCCACAAGGACAGCUUUAAGUUCCUCUCCAGCCAGCUGUCCAAGCCCACUACAGACUUCCUCCAGGUAGCUGAGACCUUUCCAAACUCACACUGAGAGAUAUUUCAAAAUCAAAACGCUCACACACAUGCUCCAUAGUGUGUCAAAUGUUUUUCUCUUCUAGGAAUAUUUGCUGAACAAGUUUAAGAAGACAGAGCAGAGGGUAAGCCAGCUGGAGAACCACAGCGCCGCCAUCUGCCAGGUGUACAAAGAACAAGACCUCACAAGAGGUAAGCAGCAGCUGCAGAUACGUGAACAUAAAAAUGAGGGUUUAAGAGAUGGAUCAUUGAAGUAUUUCAUAUUUCUGCACAGAUCUGGGCAUGGAGCACUUCAUGAGGAAAGUGGAGGCCGCUCACUGCGCGGCAUGUGACCUUUUCAUUCCCAUGCAGCCCCACCUGAUACAGAAACACAUCAAGUCCCCUGACCACAACUACAACAGAAAGGUACGACACAUCACACCUGAGAGGAUGAUUUAUCACAUGUAAAACUGAUGUCAUGUUUGUCAGAUUUAUAGUUUGUCUGUCCUGUGAAUAACGGAUGUUACAUUUCUCUGUGUGAUUCAAGGGGAUGAUGGAGCAGUCCAAGAGGGCCAGUCUGUCUGUGGCUCGCAGCAUCCUCAACCACAAACUCAUUGGCAAGAAGCUUGAGAGCUACCUCAAGGUUUGUUCACCUGUGCUGUGGCUUCAUCUUCACCAAUAGGCUGUCUGUUUUUGCCAGUGUUUUUAUUGUCUUCAACUGACAGUCUGAAAUCCUGGAUAUCUUUAAGCUGUUAAUAUUCAUCUGAAAUAUAAACAGGACUGAAAUCUUCAGAUGAUUUUUACAGCUUUCCCCUGUCAUGAUUGGCACUGUGCCGUUGUUUUGUAAAGGGUCAUGAAAAACAUUUCCAACCAAAUCUUUAGACUAAAGGUUGCAGGCGUUGAGAGAAAAGCAAAUGCACUUAUGAUGUUUAUUCUUUUGUCAGGGUGAAAACCCCUUCACCGGUAACCAAGACGACCAGGACCCAGAGGAUUCCAUGGUGAUGGACGUGUCUGAGAUGGAGUCGGCCAAUGAGACGACAGACAGCCACACAGACAAGGCAGCAACAGAAGAGCCCACAGCCGAGGAAGAGGCAAGCCACGAGGCGGCUGAGGGAGAGGGAGAGGGAGAAGGAGAGGGGGAAGGGGAAGGAGAAGGAGAAGGAGGAGAAGAAGAAGAAACAGCGGCAGCGGUGGCAGAAGUGGAAGAGGAAAAGAUGGAGGAGGAGCCGGGCCUGGAGGAGGAAGAGGAUCAGGGACACCAGGAAGACGAGGAAGGUUUUGAAGUCGGGGAAGAGGAAGAGGAGGAGGAAGGAUUUGUGGUUCAUGAUGAGAUUGGUGAAGAGGGAUUACCUGUAGAGGAGGAUGAGGAUGAAGGAGUUGAGGCAGCCGAGGCAGAUGAGGAAGUAGAAGGGAACGAUGAAUGACUCUCUCAACAUGGACCAGUGGAUGACCCUUUUUACCCCGUUUCACUGCUGGGUGCAUCUUAAAAAUAAACCCCGCUGUUCCUCCCAUUUCCAACUGUCUAAAGACUUUGAGCUCGUCUUAUUUUAUUUCAUGUUUAGUUCAAAAGAUAGUUCUUGUUAUUUUUGGGAAAUACUCUUAUUCCCUUACUUGCUGAGUGUCCCGUUAUGGCUGUAAUUCUGUCUUUUAUAUUUCUACCAGCUGUCUUUUGAGACCGUUGGGAGAAGGAAGACUUGAUGGAGCCAGCCAGUGAAACUCGGUCGGGCAGCAAACAAGCGUAUUCCCCCAAACUUUUCUUCGUAAGACUUUUUCUCGUGCCUUUUUUUGUUCAGAGUAUUCUCGGUUUAGAUUAUCUUGCUUAGGGUUGCUUGAAAAUUCCUGAGUAUCGUUAAGUGGAGGGAUAUUCCGUAUGUUUUCUUAUUAGUGUAAGCAUUCUGUCAGUGACAAAUAAAUUUCCCACUUUUUUGGUACAAAGUAGGCGCAGGUGUUGACUUGAUAUUCAACAGCUGAGAUGAUGACGACGACUGAGGGCGCUGUGACUAUGAAACAUGUAUGGAGUUUUCCAAAUUAGUAUUGGACAUGUAACACUCUAAGUAGGUAAUAAACUUCUUGAAUAAAUAACCGUUUCAUUCUUCUUCAGUUCAAAGAGUCUGAAAGUCUCAGAGAGUUUGUCUUGAUAAAAGCU